AUGGUUGAUUCACUCGUUUCGACUGUGGUGAAGAAGUUGACGACCACCAUCCCAGAUCAGGUAGCUUUGUUUGUGGAUGUCACCAGUGACAUCAAAAAGCUUUCCAGUGCAUUCACCUUCAUUCGAGCUGUGCUUGAAGAUGCUGAGUCUCAGCGCUGCGCGAAUAACAGACUAGUGAAGAUCUGGUUAGAGAAGGUCAAAGACGUGGCCUAUGAUGUGGACGACAUAGUAGAUGAGUGGUCAACAGAAGCUCACAGACCACAGGCACCAGAUGAAGGUGAUGGCUCCUGUUUCAGCUUCCUUGGUACUUGCUUCUUCUCCUAUGUUACUUUAUUCAAUCAUUUCAAGUUCCGCUGUGAAAUUGGGUGGAGGAUAAAGAAGGUAAGGGGUAGAUUAGAUUCUAUUGAAAGAGAGAUUACCGGAUUGGGUCUGAUAGUACAUAGUGGUGAGAGGGAGGGAAUGGAUAGUGAAGUUAGGCAGGGUGAGAUGAGAGAGCGAGAGACAAGCUCCCUAAUCGACGAGCCGUUAAUUGUCGGGAGAGAUGGUGAAAAAAAACUAGUCGUAGACUUGUUAGUGGGGGGGAGUAGUGGAGAGGUAAAUGUGCCCUUGGUCAUUUCUAUCGUUGGAAUGGGAGGGGUGGGGAAGACCACCCUUGCUCAGCUCACCUACAACGAUGAGAAAGUCAAGGGGCAUUUCCACAUGAGGAUGUGGGUGUAUGUUUCACAAGAUUUUGAUGUGAAACGGAUUACGGAAUCAAUUAUAAAAUCUGUAGACACUGAGUUUAGGGGUGAAAAUUUAAACUUGGAUCAAUUGCAAAAUAAACUCCGUGAAAUGUUGCGCAACAAAAUAUUCUUGCUUGUGCUUGAUGACAUUUGGAGUGAAGAUAGUGGGAAGUGGAACAAACUGAAAAUUCCCUUCCAAACCGGUGGAGCAGGGAGCCGAAUCAUCAUAACUACUCGCAGUGAAAAGGUUGCUAUGGCAAUGGGAAGGGCUCACAUACACAAAUUGGCAGUCUUAUCUUAUGAUGAUUGCUGGUUACUAUUCUAUCGUAGUGCCCUUAAGCAUCGGAGUACAGAAGAGCGUUCAGAGUUAGAAGGGAUUGGAAGGCAAAUUGUAAACAAGUUGGGAGGGUUGCCUCUUCCAGCGGCGACAAUAGGGAGUGCCAUGUGCUCUAAAAGCACGAGAGAGGAAUGGGAGCUUGUGCUGGGAGACGAGAUUUGGAACUCAGGUGAUGUCCUUGGAGGUAUUUUACCGGCUUUGUUAUUAAGCUACCGUGACUUACCUCCCGUUUUGAAGCAGUGCUUCUCAUAUUUCUCUAUUUUCCCAAAAGGUUUUAGGAUAGAGAAGGAUAUGAUGGUAAGGUUAUGGGUGGCACAAGGUUUCAUCGGCUCUGACACAAGUAGCAAUGUGGAGGAAAUUGGUGGGCUGUAUUUUGAAGAUUUACGAAGACGGUCAUUGCUCCAAGAUGCAAAACUCGACCGGGCCAAGAACGUACUCAAGUGCAAGAUGCAUGAUUUAGUUCAUGAUCUUGCACAAUCUGUUUCAGGAAGUGACUUUUCACUGGUGCAGAUCGGAAAGCAACCCUCAUUAAACUUCAACAACGUCCACCAUUCUUUUUUUGUCCAUGAUGAAACUGUUAAUGAAGCUGAUGAAGUGGCUUACAUUUUGGCCACCUUGUAUAAGGCCCACAAGCUGCGGACGUUGUUCCUUGACUCAAGAAUCUCCAUGGUGCCAAGAAUGUCAUUCCAUCAUUGGAGACGCCUUAGAGCAUUGGACUUGAGUUAUACCAGCAUUAAGAAAUUGUCUCCAACGGUGGGACAUUUGAAACACUUGAGAUUUCUUGAUUUGUCUCGCACAGGCAUAGAAGAGUUGCCAGAGGAGGUGUGUAAUUGCCUAAAUUUACAGACACUGAGACUCAAUCAUUGUUGGAAGCUAAAAAAACUGCCUGGAGGGAUGAAGAAAAUGAUUAAACUGAGACAUCUAGAAUUUGAAAAUUCAGAUGAUCUGAGGUACUUACCGCAGGGUAUAGGGAGACUAACUAGCCUUCGGACGCUUUCAAAGUUCAUUUUUGGGGGUGGCAGGGAAGGAUGUAAAUGUGGAGAACUGAAACGCCUCAAUCAUCUUCAAGGAAGUCUUCUGAUUACCGGCUUGGACAAAUACAGGAGCAGGGACGAAGCUAGAGAGGCAGAACUGAAUAAGAAGCAGCACCUUCAUACUCUAUCCUUAGGCUACAUGCGUGAAGGUGAUGAGCUGUUGGAUGAAGAUCAGGCGAAGAGAAUGGAGGACGUGCUUGAAUUUCUCCAGCCCCACACAAACUUGAAAGAGUUGAAAAUAGAGCUUUACAGAGGUUCGAAGCUUCCCAAGUGGAUAGAGGAUCCGGUGUUCUCCCAUCUAGUCAGGAUGACACUCUCGUGUUGUUGGGAGUGUAUACAAUUGCCAGGUUUUGGGAAACUGCCGUCCCUUAAAUACCUUGAAAUUGAUUGCAUGGUAGAGGUGAGAAAGGUGGGUAUUGAGUUUAGUGGGGUUGAUAACAAUGACGGAAGUGGAUGCGUUGUCUCAUUCCCCAAGUUGGAGACCCUUGUCUUCAAUGACAUGAGUAAGUGGGAGGAGUGGGAAUUGAGAGGUGGAGUUGGAGAGGUUAUGCCAUCUCUCCUCCAAUUAGAAGUAAAAUGGUGCCCAAAAUUGAAGGAGUUGCCAACCAACCUUCCACCGCUCCUCCAGGAGCUGACUUUACAAAUAAGCAACGAAGGGAUGUUGUCAUCGGGAGGGACCUUACCCGUCCUCCCCAACCUUAAACAUUUGAUUAUUUGGAGGAAUGAUGAGCUGAAAUCGUUCCCUUGUGGUUGGUUGGGACAAUUCAAAGCCCUCGAGACUCUGGAAAUCCAUCGGUGUUGGCAGUUGGAGUCUCUACCAGAUGAGGAAUUGCAACAGCUCACCAUGCUUCAAGAAUUGAUCAUCCAGUAUUGUCCACUCUUAAAAGAGCGCUACGGAUACGAAGGAGAAGAUCGGCACAAGAUUGCUCAAAUCCCCGAUAAAAUAAUUUGUUAG